AUGACGAUCACAGAACACGCCUCCACCAAUUCUCCCGUCAUUCGCUAUCUCUUUACCGCUGUAUAUGUCCUCACGAUUUACAAUGCCGCAGAAACGAUGAUACUCGUCUUCGUAACAUUCAGGAAAUAUUCUGGCUGUUACUUCUGGUCACUAAUUGUUGCCACAAGCGGCCUGCUCAUAUCAACAUUUGGGAGUGCCUAUUAUUUCUACGUCGAUAAUGCAAACGAAAUCGUACCAGUAUCUUUGGGUGUGUUCGGCUGGGCUGCCUUUGUCCCAGGACAGGCGGUUGUUCUGUGGUCCAGGCUUCACCUUGUGAUCCAAAAUAUUAGGAUCAUCCGUGGAGUCCUUAUCAUGAUCAUCGUCAAUGCCGCCGUGCUUUGCCCUCCAACCAUUGUUUUGGCAUAUCUUGGGACAGUACCGCAUCCAGAUCCAAAAGUGUCUCAUGCAUACAAUAUAUGGGAAAAUAUCCAACUAUCAAUCUUCUGUACUCAGGAGUCCGUGAUCUCCGGGAUAUACAUUUGGCAGACUAUCCUGCUGCUCAAGCUUGUGUCUAACCAUCGGAAACGGAUAAUCAUCUACCAGCUGCUGGCCAUCAAUGUGUGCGUUUUAGGUAUGGAUGCAGUUCUCCUCGGGGUUCAGUAUUCAAGCUACAAGAGCGUGCAAAUCCAAACGAAGGGUUUCGUUUAUUCGUUGAAGCUAAAGCUCGAGCUUGCCGUGCUGAGCCGCUUGGUCAGUUUCGUUCGGCAAUCGCACGAGAAGGAACAACUACCCUCUGAUGCUACUGUAGACAGAGAUGGUAGUGGACUUGGGGUAUGCUAG